UGGGGACAGGUCCCAUCCCCGGGGGGCUGCUGCAGCUCAGGGGCGCUGUGGGGACACCACCGAGGGGCUCUACAUGUGUGGCGGGUUGAUAUGAGCGCCCCGAAGGUCUGCGUGUGAGGCAGCGCGAUGCACCUCCGGCGAGGGGCUGCGGAUGGAGUGAGGGCUGCCCUCAGCAGGGCGAGUGUCUCUGUUUGCAGCCAUGAUGCCCGUGGCCACCGUGAUGCCCGAUGACACGCCCAUGUUUGACCCCAGGAUCCUGCAGGAACUCGACUGGAGUGAGAACACCACAACCUUUUCUCCUGCUAUUUCUCCACUGGAUCCAGGGGAUGGGCUGGUCCUGAGGCCACUUUGCACAGCUGAUGUAAAUCGAGGAUUUUUUAAGGUUCUGGGUCAGCUGACGGAAACAGGAGUGGUGAGCCCAGAGCAGUUCAUCAAAACCUUUGAGCACAUGAAGAGGUCUGGAGAUUACUACGUGACCGUGGUGGAGGACACCAACCUGGGGCAGAUCGUUGCCACGGCAACGCUGGUUAUAGAACAUAAAUUCACUCACUCCUGUGCCAAGAGAGGCAGGAUAGAGGAUGUGGUGGUCAGCGGGGAGUGCAGAGGGAAGCAGCUUGGAAAACUAUUAACAUCCACCCUCACCUUGCUAAGUAAAAGACUGAACUGUUACAAAAUCACUCUGGAGUGUCUGCCCAAAAAUGUGGAUUUCUACAAGAAGUUUGGCUAUUUGGUAUCUGAUGAGAACUACAUGUUUCAACGGUUCUUUAAUUAACAGUUUCUAGGUGUUCUGGGUUCUUUUUUUUUUCUGGAAAGACUGUUGGUGGAGGAGCUUGUGCUGCAAACAUUCUCUCCGUGGAAAAUUUCUAUAGUUUAUUGCUGCAGAUAUAACAAUCCCUAUAAAUAAUGAACAUCAAAUGUGUAAAUCUUGGGAAAAAAAAUUACUGAGGUUUUAGAAAGAGUCUUUUGGGUUAGAAAAUAAGUUUAGAACUAAUUUUUACUACUCUUGAGUCGAGGUGAAGCUUUUCUGUUCUAGCUGAGUUACAAAGGACUCGUUAAAGGGAUGGUUUUUAACCAAAGGUCUAUAUUUUUAUCUCAAAUUUUUUCUUGCAUUGUAUUUUUCUAAAGGUUUGUGCUUCUUUUCUCAGUAGCCAAAGGGCAGCCCUGGGCCUGUCCUGGCUGUGCUGAUGGAAGGAUGACGUAGCUGGGGAAGGGAUGAGGCUUCUCUUAUGCAGAAUUAGUGACACAGAACAGGCCUUAGUUCUGGAUUUUUCCAUGACACCUCAUGGAAGUGCUGGUGAAGUUUUCUAGGCACUGUUUUCCAAGACUGGAUUUGUUACUGUUGGAGCAGGUUGGGGAGAAUCCUUCCAGGCUGUGCUGAAAAUGGAUGUGUGCUUCUCACUGCAGGGCUCCUGCACUUUAGCUGAUAACUUGGUUUUCAGGAUAAUUAUGGUUUUUUUCUGACAUAAAAAACCCAAAUGUGGUUUGCAACAGGGCAGAGGAUAAGUGGGAAACUGGAAUGUCUGAAGGAAUAUAUCCCAUGUGGAGUGGGGUUCUGGCUAGGAAUCACUGGGAAGGAGACUGGGAUGGCAGAUUCAGCUUCAGCUGAGGGAGCUGGGGCUGUUCAGCCCAGAACAGCCUCAAAGCCACUUCCAGGGCCUGAAAAGGAGGGAGAGGGAUUUUUGUAUGGGCAGGACACAGGGAUUGACUUCCUACUGCCAGAGGGCAGGGCUGGAUGGGAUAUUGGGAAGGAAUUGUUCCCUGGGAA